UUCUUGACAUUUGGCGGUUUGGAUUUGUGUUUUCGGCAUUCUUUUUGCAAACAACAAUCAGCCGCUUGCAUUUUUUCACUACUCUAAUUUUUAUAAAUUUAUUUAAUUAAAUUAACAAUCAUGGUUGAACCAAAAGUAGCAGCUAAAAACAAAAAAGAAGAAAGAUCCUUCCCAUUGAGUAGAGUUCGAACAAUAAUGAAGAGUUCAGUGGACACAGGAAACAUUUCCAAUGAUGUUUUAUUUGUUGUUGAAAAGUCUGCUGAAAUGUUUAUACAAAAAUUGGCUAAAAAUGCUUAUAAAAACUGCAAACAAGGUCACACUUUACAAUACGAACAUUUGUCGUCCUACGUAACAAAAGAUGAUUCUCUUGAAUUCCUUUUACAAAUUGUUCCAGAAAAGAUCACAGUUAAAGAAUUCAAAGAGAUUAUUGCUGAAGAAAAAGAAAGUGAUGAAUCUUCGUCAGAAAGUGACGAUGAACCACAACAGCCUGCAGCGAAGAAAAAGACUCCAAGUAAGAAGCAGUAGAACGACUUAUAUUUUGUUUAGCUUCAACAUCGUUUAGGAUAGGAUUUUUUUUUUAAUAAAAAUAAAAUGAAACAAUUUA